AUGGAGACCCCAAAUCCUAGAGGCUGCAGCUUAGAGGGACGCUCAGAAGAAAGAGGGGAAGUCCCUCAGGCUCUGGAGGUGGAGUUGGGGGCCGGGGCAGAGCCUCCGUCUGCGGGAGACGAGACUGAGGACCGGCUGCAGUCUGUGAAAUUGUACCAGGAAGAGGUUUUCCUAGGUGCUGUGCAAAGGAGUGAGAACAAGGAAGGAACACAUGGAUUACCAUUGGAAGGAGCAGUGCAAGGACAAGGAAGAGCCACUUUUGAGAAUCCAGAUGAAUUCACAAGGCGAGAAGGAAUCCAUACUGAGGAGAAACUGUAUAUAUGCUCAGGCUGUGGAAAGACCUUCAGCCAAAAUGCAGGCCUUGAGCCACAACAGAUAAUCAAUGAAUAUGUGACCUCAUAUAUUUGUGAAGAAUGUGGAAAGAGCGUUAGUUCCAUACUAAACCCGAGAAUGCAUCAAAUGUCCCUUACAGGAGUCGAACCCCCUGCAUCUGCAGUGCGGAGCCUUUUCUGUUCCCCCGACAACAUUGGCACCCAGGAAGUCGGUCUCCAGCUGACUACCCCUCUUCCUUCUGAAUCUUACUCUGUUUGUCAAACAGACCCCAUUCCUUCAUUCAAUUCCUUCACCUUCCCAGAGCAUUCAAACCCUCCAUUAAUUCUCACAAACCCUCCAUUUAUACGCCUGAGUCUUACACAAACCCAUGGCCAGAUCAUGCCAUUUUCUUCCCCUGCACAGGGAGAGGGGCUGCCCCUUUCUCCAGGCACAGAGGUGCAUGCGAGUGUUCACGCUGCCAAUGAAAAAUUUCAAUAUUCGUGUAUGAUCAGAGACCCUGUCUCUGAGGGGCAGGAGAGGGAUAUAUCUGUUCCCGGCCUGAGUAGCAGCUGUCUUGAACAAGAACAACGAACAGGAGAACGAGCCAGUGAGGAUGUUCUUUCAAGCUCAGUGUGUGGAAAGGGCUUCAAUUACAAUUCAAUACUUGAAAUACAUCAAAGACGUCACACAGGGGAGAAACCCUAUGCAUGUGCAGACUGUGGGAAGAGCUUUAUUACGAAAUCAAAUCUUAAAGUACAUCAAAGAGUUCACACAGGGGAGAAACCCUAUGCAUGUGCAGACUGUGGGAAGAGCUUUAUUACGAAAUCAGAUCUUAAAGUACAUCAAAGAAUUCACACAGGGGAGAAACCCUAUCCAUGUGGAGAAUGUAGGAAGAGCUUUGUGACAAAUGUAAAACUAAAAAUACAUCAACGAAGUCACACAGGGGAGAAACCCUAUACAUGUUCAGACUGUGGGAAGAGCUUUAUUACGAAAUCAGAUCUUAAAGUACAUCAAAGAAUUCACACAGGGGAGAAACCCUAUACAUGUGGAGAAUGUGGGAAGAGCUUCGUGAAGAAUGAAAAGCUUAAAGUACAUCAAAGAAUUCACACAGGGGAGAAACCCUAUAAAUGUGCAGAAUGUGGGAAGAGCUUUGUUACAUGUGGUCAACUUAAAGUACAUGAAAGUGUUCACACAAAGGAGAAACCAUAUGAAUGCCCAGAUUGUGGAAAGAGGUUCUGUUGGAAGUCGCAUCUUAAUAGACAUCGAAUGACUCAUGACAUAAAUGCUACAAGUCUUGGAAGUGCUUCACUUGUAGAGGAAACUUUGUAA